CGAUUUCUUGUUAUCGUGUCCGAGGCUGAGGAGGAGGAGGAGGAGGAGGAGGAGGAGGAGAGGAUAUUGAUUGUAUUACACACUACUUUAGGGCAAGGAGCUGGCGUUUUUCUUUCUGGCAUUGGGAAGCCGUUGUGGUUCUUUGGGAAUACAAUGACCAGCUGGCCCAACACUAUUUUCCAAGUUUACGUUUUAUGUACGCGCGCGUGUUAUGUCUGCCUGUAUAGUUGAAGCAUACGCCGGUGGAAAAUAGUCGACGAUGUGUCGUUCCCGUGAUGUCGCUCGUGAACCGGUGUGGAAUAAUGCAGUUGUGCUCUCGAUGGCGAUUUGUCGAACUGUCUGUGCAUGUGCUGCUACAGUCAGUCAGUCCCCCUACUUCCUGGGCGGUAUUUGUUUCCACGGCUGGAUGGUUGUUCGCGGUUACUUGUCGUUAAGUGACGCCCGACGGGCUUCUCUAUAAAAAAAAGGGAGGGGGGUUCCUUGCGAGAGAGCCGCGUCGUAUCCGCUCGAGACAGGGAUUUUGAUCGGGUCUAGUACCCAUAUCGAACAGCAUUCUUUAUCUUUCUCUCUUUCUUUUCUUUCUUUCUUUCCUGUUUUUUUUUUUUUUUUU